UUUCCGCUUCCAUCACCCCCUCGCCGCGCCGUCACCCAUACCGCUGUCGUUCGCCGCCUCCCCAUGGACACCCCGCCGUCCACCUCCGCCUCGGCUGCAGGUGCCUCCGACCCGGACUCCGCGCUCGUCGCGUCCGUGGCGGACGCGCUCGUCUCGGCGUCCCGCCUGCCCGCCCCGCCGCCCAUGCCCGACCUCCUGGCCGCCCACCUCCCGCGCCUCACCGCCUCCCACCACCCGCGCGUGCUCUCCCUCGCCGCCUCCAACCCGGGGCUCGCCUCGCCGCUUCCGCUCCUCGCUUACCGCAGCCUCGUGUCGCCGCCCUCCUGCCUCCCGUCCCUCCUCCCGCUCCUCCCCGUCCUCCCCUACCGCCACCUCUUCCCGCUGCUCCUCUCCUUCGUCCCGCUCGACCCGCUCCGCAGCCUCCACCGGCACCUCCUCGGCAACCUCCCCUCGACGCCGCUCGCCGACGCCGCGCUCUCCGCCUACUCCCGCCUCCGCCUCCCCCACCUCGCCGCGCAGCUCCUCCACUCCCUCCGCCGCCGCGUCCGCGUCCGCCCCUCCCUCCAGGCCGCCAACGCCGUCCUCUCCGCGCUCGCGCGCAGCCCCUCCACCUCGCCGCAGGCCUCCCUCGACGCCUUCCGCUCCAUCGUCGCGCUCCGCCUCCACCCCAACCACUACACCUUCAACCUCCUCGUGCACACGCACUGCUCCAAGGGCACGCUCGCCGACGCCCUCUCCACGCUCUCCACCAUGCAGGGCUUCGGCCUUUCCCCCGACGCCGUCACCUACAACACGCUCCUCAACGCGCACUGCCGGAAGGGCAUGCUCGGGGAGGCGCGCGCGCUGCUGGCGAGGAUGAAGAAAGAUGGGGUCGCGCCUACACGACCGACGUACAAUACCCUCGUUUCGGCCUACGCGAGGCUCGGGUGGAUCAAGCAGGCGACCAAGGUCGUGGAGGCCAUGACAGCCAAUGGCUUUGAGCCCGACCUGUGGACGUACAAUGUGCUUGCCGCUGGUCUGUGCCAGGCUGGGAAGGUGGACGAGGCGUUUAGGCUGAAGGAUGAGAUGGAGCGGCUCGGCACUCUGUUGCCUGAUGUAGUGACCUACAAUACGCUUGCUGAUGCCUGCUUUAAGUGCCGGUGCUCGUCUGAUGCACUAAGGCUGCUCGAGGAAAUGCGUGAGAAGGGGGUGAAGGCGACUUUGGUCACGCAUAACAUCGUUAUCAAGGGGCUGUGCAAGGAUGGGGAAUUGGAGGGGGCGUUGGGGUGUUUGAACAAGAUGGCAGAUGAUGGUUUAGCACCAGAUGUGAUCACAUAUAAUACAUUGAUUCAUGCACACUGCAAGGCUGGCAACAUUGCCAAAGCAUAUACACUAAUGGAUGAGAUGGUCAGGAGAGGACUCAAAUUGGAUACAUUCACACUUAAUACUGUGCUGUAUAACCUGUGCAAGGAGAAGCGUUAUGAAGAGGCUCAAGGGCUGUUGCAGUCUCCACCACAGAGGGGUUUCAUGCCUGAUGAAGUCAGCUAUGGUACAGUGAUGGCAGCCUAUUUCAAGGAGUAUAAUUCGGAGCCUGCUCUGCGUCUGUGGGAUGAGAUGAUUGAGAAGAAGUUGACGCCAAGCAUUUCGACUUACAACACAUUGAUCAAGGGUCUUUCCAGAAUGGGGAGGUUGAAAGAGGCGAUUGAUAAGUUGAAUGAGCUCAUGGAGAAGGGGCUGGUGCCAGAUGACACCACAUACAAUAUCAUCAUCCAUGCCUACUGCAAGGAAGGGGACUUGGAAAAUGCCUUCCAGUUCCACAACAAGAUGGUCGAAAAUUCCUUUAAGCCGGAUGUUGUCACCUGCAACACUCUGAUGAAUGGAUUGUGUCUGAAUGGAAAGCUCGACAAAGCAUUGAAGCUCUUUGAGUCAUGGGUAGAGAAAGGGAAGAAGGUUGAUGUUAUCACGUAUAACACCCUAAUUCAAACUAUGUGCAAAGAUGGGGAUGUCGAUACUGCUUUGCACUUUUUCGCUGACAUGGAGGCUAGGGGAUUGCAGCCUGAUGCAUUUACUUACAAUGUUGUGUUAUCUGCACUAUCUGAGGCAGGGAGAACAGAAGAAGCGCAGAAUAUGCUGCAUAAGUUAGCUGAGAGUGGAACAUUGUCUCAAAGUUUUUCCUCUCCCCUCUUAAAGCCUUCUUCCGUGGAUGAAGCAGAAUCAGGGAAGGAUGCUAAAACUGAGGAAGAAACAGUUGAAAAUCCACAAGAUAGUGCUUCAGAGGCAUACACGAAACUCGUAAAUGGGCUAUGCACCAGUGGGCAAUUUAAAGAAGCUAAGGCCAUUUUGGAUGAGAUGAUGCAAAAGGGAAUGUCUGUGGACAGUUCAACGUAUAUUACUUUGAUGGAAGGGCUUGUCAAGAGACAGAAAAGGCUAACUCAUGCAGUUGGGUAGUACACGCCGUUCAUUUUUUGCUGCUUUGUGAUGUGGCAUCAGCCAGAGUUUAGUCAUAACUUAGGCAAACCUGAGUGCUUGAUGUCUUGGAGGAGAAUGAUGGAAAGAAAAGAAGUAGGUAAGAAAUAUGUUGGAUGAUGUGUUAGAGAAAAACCUUGAAAUUGUCAGAACUCCUUGCUUGAACUUGGCUGACCCUAUGGAAAUAGAUGGAGUGAUAAAAUUAUUCAAGAAGGCACCACCUGGCAUCAGAAUUG